UCAGAUCAAGUGAACAAUUUGUGAUAAGGCAGUGUGCUAGAUGGUUAUAGCUCUUUCCCUGCCUAAUUGUACAGCUUCAGAAAAUUCAAUUUCUAAGCAAGUUAAUGAGGAUGGAGAUAUUAUAACAGCAGAUGCCUGGGCAAUCAUUCGCGUCAGGUGCGCAAACAAAUCCUCAUUUCCCUAUUUAACAGUUUCGUCAAACUCCGUGUAAUAAAUCAGAUUUUGAUAGGCCACUCAAGGUUCAAAGGAAAGAACUGAUUACAAGAUGAUGAAUCUCCUGGCAUUACUUGGCGUUUUGGUUGUCGUAUCAGCACAGGAUGAUGUUUGGCCUUGUGACAGAGCGAAAGCCAUUCGGCAGUUUAAGCUAAAAAGCCAAACAAACAAGUGGCCUAGUUUCGGAGGGAAUGACCCAUACAACAACCAGACAAAAGAGUCCGAGAAAGAGAUAGCUGAGACACUGAAAAACAACGACAUUGUCUGCGCCAUCCGUUAUGUUGACGAUACGAAGGUUGGUUACGAGUUACGCCAGUUCGAGUCGAAACAAGCAGCAGAGAGCGCAGGUUUCAUCGUAACUCACCAAGGCAAAUGCGGCGCUUGCUCGAAUCUUCGUGAUCUGGCUGUCUACCUUGAAAAGAAUCUCACAGCUCCAGUCAGAAAAUGCGCCUUCAAAGCGGUAAUUUCAAAAAGAUGGGCACGCAAUUGUAUUUUGGCUAUUGGAUUUACGGAAACCUGUACAGAUAUUUGGUUGUAUAAUUCAAUAAACACAAGGAAAGAGUGCUUUGGGAUUUGCAUGAAGGAUUGGAUCACAGGGAAACCAAAUAACAACCCAGACGGCAGUUUAAACGAUUGCUUACAGUGUGACGAGGACAAGAGUGGUCCUGUGUUCAAGUAUUUCUCAGGAAGAACGCGAAGGAAUUCUGGAAUCAAUAGCGCCAUUAAGAGGCCAGGACAACAGGUCUAUAAAAUGAACCAUUGCUAUUUUUAGUGUCAAGUGAGCAUAAGAGUUGUAAUUAAACUUUGUAUUUGUUCGAAAUUACGAGAGCAAUACUUUUAAAACCACUGCAAAGAAACUGACUUGUCUUCAAAA